AUGACUUCACAACGUCUUAAAAAUUCAGUGGUGUCAAUUCAUUCUCAAAUCAGAGAAUAUCCUGAAGUUUUUAGAAAUGAUUCUGGAAUAAUGUUUUGUAUUUAUUGUGACAAAUCUAUUGACUGGAAACACAAAUCAACAAUAGACAGUCAUGUCAAUAGUAUUAAGCAUGAAUCAAAUAAAAGAAAAUACAAAGCUAAACAACAAGUAUCUCACCAACAAACCCUUCAAACUACACUUAGAGCAGCAGAUUCCAAAAAAAUUGUAAUAGAAGAUUUAAUUGAAGCAUUUGUUGGUGCUGAUAUACCACUUCAAAAGGUUGAUAAAUUGCUUCCCUUUUUCAAAAAGCAUUUAAGAGAAGGAGGUGCAAUUCCAAAAGCUCCAACUCUAAGACAAGUAUAUCUUCCAAAUAUUUUUGAAAGUCAUUUUUCUUCUCUUAAAUUGCUAUUUGAUUCUAAACCAGUUUCUAUUAUUAUGGAUGAAAGUUUAGAUGAUUGUGCUCGUAGUGUAGUAAAUACUAUUUUUGUAUACCACAAUUACACCAAGCUUGUUUCAGUUGAUUUUUUAGAUAAAGUCAAUAAUUCAACAAUUGGCCAGACACUUUUUUACAUCUUAGCAAAAUACAACAUACCUUUUGAUAAGCCAAUUGUUUUUUUGUCAGACUCUGCUGCAUAUAUGAAAAAAAGUUUUCGUGAGGUAUUACAUCCUGUUAUGAGACAAUUAAUUCAUGUACCAUGCUGUGCACAUAUUAUGAACUUGAUUGGUGAAACUUGGAUAAAAUUUCCCCAAUUUAUAUCACCAUGUAAAAUACCACUUCCUAAUGCAACAAGAUGGAAUUCAUGGUUUAAAAUGGUAUUAUAUACAAAAGAAUAUAUCAACUACUGGCCACAUUUUUUUGAAAGUGAAUUGCAAGAAAAUUCUAAUAAUACAUUAUUAGAAAUUCAUAAUACUUUACAAAAUGAACAUGAAAGAGGCAUUAUCACAAUUUAUGUUUAUUUCAUUUCAAUUUUUUCACAAGAAUUUAUUCAAACUCUUGAUUUUUUCCAACAAAAAAAUCUACCAGUAUUUCCUUAUAUUGAAACAAGACUCCAGCAUCUUACAGCAUAUUUAGAAUCAAAUAGAACUGCUGAAAAUUUUGGCUCAGGUCUUGAUGAAUUAAUUCUUAGUCUUCAUUUUGUUCCUAGAGAUUUUUAUCCAAUUUUUCGUGCUGCAUUUGAAGCUGCAUUUUUAAAAUUUUCUUUACAUAUACCUAAUCAUCCAGCACAUGAAUUAUUUUGUGCAUGUAGAGUUUUUGAUCCUGUUUUUAUUCAUCUGGGAGAUAUUCAACAAAGAAACAUUAGACUUUAUUCUACAAUUGUACCAUUUAACAAUCCUUCACAUAAUCUUUUGUAUGAAUGGGGCAUAUAUUGUGGAUUGGAAACUCCACUAGAUUUAGGAGAAAAUAUGAUUGAGAAGUUUUGGUUAGAUAAAGUGAAUGAAUUGCCAAUUUUGUCUAGCAUUGCAUUAGAUUAUAUUUGGCUACCAAUUUCCAGUUGUACAGUUGAAAGGA